GCAGCAGCAGCCAAUAGGAGCACACCUUUCAUCUAGCGCAAAUUUUGUUGUUGACAACAACGCUGCUAAACGUGAUUUGGUUUACUAUCUAGCUAGCUGGAAUAUAUAAAAGAACAUUUAUGAUGACCAGCAGCAAAACUAAUAUCGGUUUGAUGAUCAUGUACAAGGAUGAGUCGGUGGACGUCCGUUACGUAGAUGAUUCCCGUUUGCACUUGUCGCCCUGUGGCUCGGAAUUCAUGUUGGAGAAAGCCCCUACACGAUCUGCACAUCCUCUUCAGUCUAAUGAGAAGGUUCGACAGAGGACCAGGUUCGCCACCAGCAGCUACAAGGACCUGAUGCUUGGUGCUUUGGAGUUCAGGAACGAGUAUGCAACACGACCUUACCUGCCUGAAGAACUCAUCUCGGACGACCACAGAAAGCAGGUCUUCAGCAUUGACCCUGAGGUGGAGUGGCCUGCAUGUUAUUCCUGUACUGCUGAGGUGGGAUUGAACCGAGAGAUCAUCGUCAGUUCAGUGGAGCGGAGUGCCAGUCUGCUGCUUUCUUCCUCUGGAGAGGAGUUCUCUGUAAACUUCACCUGCAGACUUAGUCACAACCAACACCACAGGCCUCGGAGCCGAGACCCAAAUAGGUCUGUCACUGAACGCAUACAGCAAGACAACCAAACCUGUAGGCCAAAGACUCCAUCUCAACAGAGUGGCGCCUGUGCUGAGCAACAGCAAGGAGAGGUAUACCUGUCCACCAGAGUGGUCCAGCACCACUCUGUCUCCUGUGUUCCUCUGGUGUGGCGUUACCCUCUGUCUCUGGCCAUUCACCUCUGGCGUGCCCAGUCCCAGCCCUCUGGAGAGAGGAACAGGGGGGAGACAGAAGAAGAGACAGCCAGGGGGAGAGACCAGACUGAGAGAGCAGUGACAAUGACAAACACAUCUAGAGGAGAGAGGAGGUCUCACCUGCCCCAAGCCCUGCCUCUCAGAUGCCCUUCCCCUCAUCAGCACAGGUGGAAGUCAAUGUACUCUCUGGUCCAAGAUGAACAGGAGGCAGACCAAGACCUCCCUACAGAGUUGGUUAAAGUGGUGUGGUGCCAAGGGGUGCUGUACAGGAUAGUGGAUGGAGCAAUCCCAGUUGUGGAGGUUUCUCCAGGGGAUGGUUCAGUCAUCAGGUCUAACGGAGUGCUGGCCAGCUACUUCACCCACCACAGAGCUGGCCCUGGCCCUGGGGAGGUAAAGGAUGUGACGUACCACCUAAGCAGCCUCCCCCCUGACACACCUGGGCAGGUCUACUCUGUGUGCUCUAUGGUGACUCGAGCCAGCAGGAUCCUGAACUGCUACAACCAAGUUAGACACUCUCUAAAGCUCCCUGCUACACAGAGCUGCUACAACCAGGAGACCAGUUCAGAGCCCUUUAUACAGGAAGUACACAUUUCUGAGUCUGGUUACAUUAAUACCACUGAAACAAGACAAAGCAGGCCUAACUGUGUUGCUGAAGAGCUGGAGAAGAUCAAACGCUUCAACUUUCUAUUGGAUAACAGUCAUCUUCUUAAAGCCCAGAGGGGUUCUACAGUGGUGGGCUGUGGUUCUAAAGAGCACUGUGAGCCGGUCAACGAGAGCAUUGCGGAGGCCCUCCAGAGAACCUCCAAAACCAUCCAGGAUAUCGACAACCUCCUACUUUCUAGAGACACCGUCAUGCAGGGCAGCGGAUAAUUACAGUCCUGUGUGACGUGUGAUGUCUGGUUUGCUGUCAGAAAAUACUUAUUGCAAAUGAGGAACAUGUGAAGCAGUCAGAAUUAUUCAUUGGUUGCAGUAUCACUAAGUAAGCAUUGUCUAGUGGCAGUUUCAUUGCUUUACUUACAGUUGAAGUACAGACUGCAGGAAAAAUAAAAUAGUUUUCUAUUGUUGUGAGGCUCAGAUAUAGGUCAAGGUGUCUAACACUGUCCUCCAGCUCAGCAACAGCCUCAACCCAUGUGUGGUUAGACAUAGUGGUUAGACCAGACUCUGAAAGAUGAUGGUUGUGGUGUGUUGAAGCUAGGCAACAGUUUGUUGAAAAAUACUUAUUGUCCAUCUUAUUGCAAUUCCUGUACUGUCUUCAUCUGAUACCAUGAGGCGUAUUGUACAGUGACAAUCACAAGUAAUAACGAUUUUAAGUAAUCUGUCGUGUCCAUUUCACCUUGUCAGUGCUUUUUGAAGUGUACAGUUUAAGUGCCAUGAUUCCCCAUUUUGAAUCACUCAUCAGUUCAUGGUGGUCUCACUUCAGUAGGACAGGAAAGAAGAACUCUGAAGGAAGUGGCUGGAAAUGACUAAUGUUUUGUGUUGUGCUAUACAGGAUGUGUGUCAUUUAUACUCUACAAGGUUUUGAAAGCGUUCCACAGGGAUUCUGGUACAUGUUGACUCCAAUCCACAGUUAAGUUGGCUGGAUGUCUUUUGGGUGGUGGACAUUCUUGAAAAACCCAGCAGCGUUGCAGUUCUUGACACA